CGGAUAGGCCCCGCCCCUUCCUCGCCCGGCCGCCCGGCCGCCCAGCCACCCCUCCCGCGCUCCCCGGCGGGUGUUCCUUUCCGGACGGCGUUGGAGGACUCGGUGGCGGCGGCCCAUGGGACCCGGGGCGCUGCCCGCCUGGCUGCAGCCCAGGUAUAGGAAGAAUGCAUAUCUUUUCAUCUACUACUUAAUCCAGUUCUGUGGCCACUCCUGGAUAUUUACAAAUAUGACAGUCAGAUUCUUUUCAUUUGGAAAAGAUUCAAUGGUUGACACUUUUUAUGCAAUUGGACUUGUGAUGCAACUUUGCCAGUCUAUUUCCCUCUUGGAGUUGCUGCACAUAUAUGUUGGCAUUGAAUCAAACCAUCUUCUUCCUAGGUUUCUGCAGCUCACAGAGAGAAUAAUUGUCCUCUUUUUGGUGAUCACCAGUCAAGAAGAAGUCCAAGAGAAAUACGUGGUGUGUGUUUUAUUCAUCUUUUGGAAUCUAUUGGAUAUGGUUAGGUACACUUAUAGCAUGUUGUCAGUCAUUGGAAUAUCCUAUGCUGUCUUGACAUGGUUCAGUCAAACACUGUGGAUGCCAAUUUAUCCUCUGUGUGUUCUCGCUGAAGCAUUUACCAUCUAUCAGUCGCUGCCUUAUUUCGAAUCAUUUGGCACUUACUCCACAAAGAUGCCCUUUGACUUAUCCAUCUAUUUCCCAUAUGUGCUGAAAAUAUAUCUCAUGAUGCUCUUUGUAGGUAUGUAUUUCACCUACAGUCAUCUUUACUCAGAAAGACGAGACAUCCUCAGAGUGUCUCCCAAUAAGAAGAAAAUGUGAAGCAUGGCACUGGGAUGUGACGUGAGACAGAAGAGGCUUGUGGAGUCAGCUGCAGGAAACACAAUAUGGGGAGUGUUCUGGUGAACAGAUAUCUAGUAUUUGACAAAAAUCCAUAACAUGGAAUAAUUGCACUCCUCUCCAGAACUCUUGACAUACACAGCAGUCACACAUUGUUAGUUCACAUUUUUCUCACACAUUUUUAGUUCAUAUACUCUUCACAACCUGUUUUACCAAAGCCGUAAAUUUUACACAAGUUAAGUUUGUAUCAUGUGAAGCCUGAUUAUUUUCCUGUAAAGUUAAUGAGAAAUAGGAUUUUAACUGGAAUAGAUUCAAUUAAACCAAGAAACCAAAGUCGUUAACUUAAAUGACAUCUAUUUACGUCUAUUUCUUUUCACUUCUGAGUUCCCAUGUAGCAGCUAAUCUGUGGGAGGGGAGUGAUGUGUAAUAUGCUCUGUACUUUUCUAGAAUAGCCUAUUUUAUAGACUGAUAUCACUAUGCCCAUAGAUAACACCCACCUUAAACAUUAGAUGGAUUUUGAAAAUAAAACAUUUUUCCAAACCCUGAAAGAGCAUUUGUUAAUAUUACACAAGUUGUUUGGACUUUGCUGUCUUAAAAGAGGACCCUGAGGAAAACAGAACAGACCUUUGUUUUCACAAAUUGUGCCCCAUAUUCCUUUUUUGGAACAUUUAAUCAGGCCAUAUACAUACCUUACAGGGAGGUAAAAGGUACACAAAUAUAAUAAAUCAAUUUAAAGAAAAUUGA